UGGGGGCGGGGCGAGGCUUGAGGGACCGGAAGGUGGGGCGAGUCAUGACGGGCCGGGGCGUGGGCAGGGCUUGAGGGGCCAGGGGACUGUGUGGGGCCUGACGGGCCGGUGGGUGGGGCGGGGCUUGAAGGACCGGAGGGUGUGUGGGCGGGGCUUGAUGGGCAGGGGCGGUGCGGGGGCGUGGGCAGCACAAGCCGUGCGCUCCCGGGCUGCGAGGUCUGGCUAGGCUGCGGGCCGCGCGCCGCCGCCGCUGCCGCCGCCACUGUCCUCUUCGCAGGCGCGGGCCCGACGGAAACCAUGUUUGUGGCUCGCAGCAUCGCGGCGGACCACAAGGAUCUCAUCCACGAUGUCUCUUUCGACUUCCACGGGCGGCGGAUGGCAACCUGCUCCAGCGAUCAGAGCGUUAAGGUCUGGGAUAAAAGUGAAAGUGGUGAUUGGCAUUGUACUGCUAGCUGGAAGACACAUAGUGGAUCUGUAUGGCGUGUGACAUGGGCCCAUCCUGAAUUUGGACAGGUUUUGGCUUCCUGUUCUUUUGACCGAACAGCUGCUGUAUGGGAAGAAAUAGUAGGAGAAUCAAAUGAUAAACUGCGAGGACAGAGCCACUGGGUUAAAAGGACAACUCUGGUGGAUAGCAGAACAUCUGUUACUGAUGUGAAGUUUGCUCCCAAGCACAUGGGUCUUAUGUUAGCAACCUGUUCGGCAGAUGGUAUAGUAAGAAUCUAUGAGGCACCGGAUGUUAUGAAUCUCAGCCAGUGGUCUUUGCAGCAUGAGAUCUCAUGUAAGCUAAGCUGUAGUUGUAUUUCUUGGAACCCUUCAAGCUCUCGUGCUCAUUCCCCCAUGAUCGCCGUAGGAAGUGAUGACAGUAGCCCCAACGCAAUGGCCAAGGUUCAGAUUUUUGAAUAUAAUGAAAACACCAGGAAAUAUGCAAAAGCUGAAACUCUUAUGACAGUCACUGAUCCUGUUCAUGAUAUUGCAUUCGCUCCAAAUUUGGGAAGAUCUUUCCAUAUUCUAGCAAUAGCGACCAAAGAUGUGAGAAUUUUUACAUUAAAGCCUGUGAGGAAAGAACUGACUUCCUCUGGUGGGCCAACAAAGUUUGAAAUCCAUAUAGUGGCUCAGUUUGAUAAUCAUAAUUCUCAGGUCUGGCGAGUGAGUUGGAAUAUAACAGGAACGGUGCUAGCAUCUUCAGGAGAUGAUGGGUGUGUAAGAUUGUGGAAAGCUAAUUAUAUGGACAAUUGGAAGUGUACUGGUAUUUUGAAAGGUAAUGGGAGCCCAGUCAAUGGGAGUUCUCAGCAGGGAACCUCAAAUCCUUCCCUAGGUUCAAAUAUUCCAAGUCUUCAGAAUUCAUUAAAUGGAUCUUCUGCUGGCAGAAAGCACAGCUGAGUACAAGCUAACUGGAGUAACUUUGCUGUUUUGCUGCUUGUUGCAUGCACACAGGAAUGGAAAGCGAGCUCCUUUUCCCCUUCCCCAGCGCCGUUUGACCUCUCCCAAGAUACACCAGCAGCCUGCUUACUACUAAACGCAAUCCAAAAGGCCUUUAAAAAUACAGUGUAUAUUUUUUUGUACUAGUCAGUUUAUUGACACUAUUUGAAACUUUUGAAAUAUAAACGGAGAGGCUUUCUGUUGAGACAUUGUCACCAAAACAAUUUUUUGAAAUGUUCCUGAAACUAAUUUGGGUUUAAAGAUUAAAAGGGUUGUUACCAUUCUUAUCUGAGUAGUUGGGAGGAGGGGAAUACCACUUCAGUUCAUUUGGAAAAUAUAGACAUAUUUCUUUUGCUUUCUUAAAACAGCUUAAAAUGAUGAACUUUUAUAAUUUGAAGAUUGAAUAAAUAUUUUUUAUAAAGAUUGUUUUGAGUGCUGAUUUGUUUACUUUUUGUAGAUUUGCUUUAUCCAUGAUAUUCAGUACAACUGUGUCAUUUCUUUGUAAUAUUUAAAAAAUAUUAGUAAAGGAGUGAAUUAAUAAAGUAGUAAUAGUAAAAUGAAAGGAACUUGACUGUACAGUUUGUAGCCAGGUUAAGCAUUUGGUAUUGUUUCAUUUACAAUUUGGGACUAAGAUGGAAACACUUUUUUAUAAGUUUUUAAUUCAUAGUCACUAAAGAGAUAAAUGUUUCUUAUAUACAUUUGUAUAUUUUUAUGGUGUUAUUUAUUCCAUGGCUUAGUUUCCUUCAAAUCAAAAUUUGGACACACACUAUUAAGAGAAGCCAUUAAAAUUUUACUAAAAUUGUGCAUGUAAAUUAAUGUCAGCAUUCCAUGUCUCAAGAUUUUCUUAAUUUAGUUCGCUGUUUAAAUUAAUUCAUAUCCUGUAAAGUUCUGACCUUGAUAACAAAGCUAUAAAUAUUUAAGUUUGCUAAGAUGCGUAAGUAUUAUCGGUAAGUUACAAGAUGGAAGAAGAAUAACAGUAGGGCACAGUCAUUCUGUGAAUCCUUUUACUUAUCAAAAUUUGGUAGCUAUUCUAAGGCUUUUGCAGAAAAAUAAGUGUUCAAUGUUUGUAGUUCUUCAAAAGCAUGUUGCAGUAGCCAGCCAUACUAUGUGUAUUCCCAGUAUCAUGUAUGCACUAAAAAAAAUGUGUGCUUGCUGCUGCUGUGAGUGAACCAUUGCUUAAGAUAAAAAACUUAACUAGAUUUGUAAAUGUACAGAAUAGCAUCAGAUGUUUCUGAGAGAUUAGAAAAUGUUUUGAAUUUAUAAAAUUAAUGUUUUUCUUUGUAACAUUUAUAUAUAUUUUUUGACAUUUUAAGUUUAACAGAUUGUAUUCCUUUUAAGUUUCUAUACUUGCUUAAGCAAUCUUGAUUUGAGUAAGGGUCUUGAUUUGUGCUAUUAUGUUCUGUUAGUUUUGGCAUGAAUAUACUAAAGCUUUUUUUUUUUUUUUCUAGCAUGUGUUUUCUCCUCUUUGGUUCUCUUUGUAUUUACUACUUUUCUCUUUUUCUUGUGUUUUUUUUUUUUCCUGUUUUUGUUUUGUUUGGUGUUUUGUUCCUGUCUUCAUUGUUUCAGGUAUUUCUUUCCCCCUCUGGAUUCCCCACGGGCUGGAUCGAGAUGGUCCAGUUAUGCCCAGCUCCUUCCUCCUCCUCCUCCUCCUCUGGUAGAGCACUCUUGCGAUGCUGACACUGCCAACCUCCAGUAUCCUCACCCUCGCAGACGAUAUCUCUCUCGGCCUCUUAAUCCCUUACCUGAGAAUGAAGGGGUUUAAAACACUGAUUUAACAUUGAAAGGCCUUAUUCAAGUGCUUGUAAAUGCUUUCAUUUCUGGCUGCUUUUUGUUUUUCUUCAUUUUCUUUCAGAAGAUAUUUCUAACUUAGGGUCUGUCUUGCAUGUAUUACAACCAGAAUACAGUGUUUAGAACCUAAAUCUGUUUGUGCGUCUGCAUCAAAGGAACAUUUGCUUCACUGGGUGAUAACCUUUGAUGAAAUGAGAUAUGUCCAAGUAACGUUAACUGUGAAGUUACACACAGUAGCUGACUUCAAAGUGCCUGUUCUGUAAAUUUUAUUUUAAACUGUUACCAUAGUCUUAAGUUGUUUAUGCUUUAUCAGACUGGCUAAUGUGAAAGCAUAUUAUUAUGAAGUUUAUUCUGCCUUUGAGACCUUAAAAAAUGGAUUUCAUUUUACAGGCUAAUGUUGUAACUGACUAGUAUGUAAAAUAAAUCAUUCCUGUGUAUAAAGCAGCAAAACCUAA